GAGGGAGUGCUGGGCACAGAGCCAGUAGCAGUAGGGACAGAGCGCUGUGAGCUGCGAGCGUGUCUGACAGUCAACUCCACUCCACUCCACGACCCAGCAGCUGCGCCGCAACAACAGAGCACCGCAACACUGACACAGACGCAACGCAGACACAGACGCAACAUAGACACAGACGCAACGCAACACAGACGGGGCAGUGCAAGCAGCUACAGGAAAAAACAAACAGGCAAACCAACCGACAAACAAAACAAGGGGGAAAAGCAAGGAGAAGUGCUCAAACUGAACGAGGGAAAACCACAACACAGACGGGGCAGCCACAAGCAGCCACAAACAAACAAACAAACAGGCAACCCAACCGAAAAACAAAACAAAGAAGGGGGAAAAGCAACGAGAAGUGCUCAAACAGGAAACGGGGGGAAAACGGAGGACAGAGGAGAGGAGAGGAACUGAGGGAAAAGGUUGGAGAAAAGGCAAGAAGAGGGGGAGGAAGACGAGGACGAGUGCGGGGUAGGAUGACAGCUACCGUGCACGUCCUGGAACAGCAGUGAAGGGGAGCGCUACUCUCUCCUUCCGCUCCCCCCCUCCUUCUUCUCCUCCUCCACCAACCCCCCUUCUGCACCACCACAUUAACAUUUCGCUUUUCUUUUUAAAAGAUCCUCUUUCUGUCCAUUUGUGGUUGUUUCACUUCACUUUUUUCAUCUGGGGCGGAUUGAAGUAAGUUUAUACAUAAAAGCUGAGCUCAGCAAUCAUGGAGUCUCCGACGAGAGAGAUCGAGGAGUUUGAGAGCACCUCACUCAAGUACCUGCAGCCGGAACAGAUUGAGAAGAUCUGGCUGCGGCUACGCGGACUGAGGAAGUACAAGAAAACGUCACAGAGGUUACGGUGCCUGGUGAAGCAGUUGGAGAGAGGAGAGGCGUCCCUGGUUGACCUAAAGAAGAAUCUCGAGUAUGCGGCAUCCGUUCUUGAGUCGGUGUACAUCGAGGAGACGAGACGGCUGGUGGACACGGAGGACGAGCUCAGUGACAUCCAGUCCGACUCGGUGCCCUCGGAGGUCCGUGAUUGGCUGGCGUCCACCUUCACGCGGCAGAUGGGGCUGAUGCUGCGACGGACGGAGGAGAAGCCCAGAUUCCGCAGCAUCGUGCACGCCGUGCAGGCCGGCAUCUUCGUCGAGAGGAUGUACCGCCGCACCUCCAACAUGGUGGGCCUCAGCUACCCCCCGUCUGUCAUCGGCGUGCUCAAGAAUGUGGACAAGUGGUCGUUUGACGUGUUUGCCCUGAACGAGUCCAGUGCCGACCACGCGCUCAAGUUCAUCUUCUACGAGCUCCUCACCAGAUACGAUCUCAUCAACCGCUUCAAGAUUCCCAUAUCAGCGCUGGUGUCGUUCGUGGAGGCGUUGGAGGUGGGCUACAGCAAACACAAGAACCCGUACCACAACCUCAUGCACGCCGCAGACGUCACCCAGACCGUGCACUACCUGCUGCUGAAGACCGGCAUGGUGCACUGGUUGACGGAGUUGGAGAUCUUUGCUAUGCUGUUUGCUGCGGCGGUGCAUGACUAUGAGCACACGGGCACCACCAACAACUUCCACAUCCAGACAAGGUCAGACACGGCCAUCCUGUACAACGACCGCUCGGUCCUGGAGAGUCACCACGUGAGUGCUGCAUAUCGCCUCCUGCAGGACGACGAUGAAAUGAACAUCCUCUACAACCUGUCCAAGGACGACUGGAGAGAGCUGCGGGCGCUGGUGGUAGAGAUGGUGCUGGCUACAGACAUGUCCUGCCACUUCCAGCAGGUCAAAGCCAUGAAGAACUUCCUGCAGCAGCCUGAGAGUAGCAGCAUUGACAAGUCCAAGGCCAUCUCGCUCCUCCUCCACACGGCCGACAUCAGUCAUCCGGCUAAGAACUGGGAUCUGCAUCAUCGCUGGACCGCCUCCUUAUUAGAGGAGUUCUUCAGACAGGGUGAUAAAGAGGCUGAGUUGGGCCUGCCGUUCUCCCCACUGUGCGACCGCAAGUCUACCAUGGUGGCCCAGUCUCAGAUCGGCUUCAUUGACUUCAUCGUCGUGCCGACGUUCACGGUUCUGACGGAUAUGACGGAGAAGAUCGUCACGCCGCUCAUUGAGGAGGCCGCCCAUUCCAGCCUCGCCGGCUUCAGGCGAUCCAGUCUGAACAGUAUUACCUCUGUGGAUGGCAAGCACACCAGCAUCAACAGUACGGGUUCUGACGGCAGCUCGUCGCAUCACGGCCCCCUGCUGGCGGUGGACCAUAAGAACUUCAAGGCCAUCUGGAACGAGGAGGUGUCACAGAAUCGAGAGCGGUGGAAGGCCCAGGCAGCCAAAGAAACAGAAGAGAAAGCACGACGUGAGGCUGAGGAGCAGACCCAGCAGGAGGCCACUGCGGCAAGCCAAGAGGGACAAACAGAACCGCAGCAGCAGCAGCCGGAACCAAAGCAGGAGGAGGGCGAUGGACAGGCAGAUGGGCCGCCGGGCCCUGGAGGCGCACACAGCCCACUGGACGACAGCCCCCUCAGCGACCCGGGGCAGGGGGCCGACACGUUGCAGAAUGGCGAGGUCUCAGAGGAAGCCAAGUCUCCAACCAGCAUGAAACCAGACGCUGAAUGAUGUGAGAGAGGAUGGUAAGCAGAUAGGGGGCAGACCUCCUACACCUCCCUGUUCCACAUCUCACGGCUGCACGGGAGGCAGAGGAGCCGACUCCCCAUCUGAAAAACUAGACUGCCACCCGGUGGACAGGAUGAACAUAUGUAUAUUCUCAGAUAAAUGUUUUUUGUUUUGUUUUCAUGUCCAGUUAAACAUUACUCGCUUAUUUCUCCUCUUCUUAAAAGUGACAUAAUGACUGAUAAGUCCAAGUCCAUACAAUUAUGACAUACAUAGGCUUUACAUAGGCUUGUUUGUGCACUGUAUGUGCUGUUAACACACGCACACAAGUUCUGUUUAGUGUGUGUUUUCGCAAGUACACUGAUUCAGGCGUUCUGGUUCAUCCUCCUCUUUUGAUCUUGCCUUCAAUUAAGUGGCCUUUACAUGUGUCUUUUUUGUUCUUUAUUGUUUUUAUUUUUGUUUUGUUAUUUAUGGAAUAUAAACACAAGACUGUUGAUGUGCCUGCAUGUGUGUCCAUGGUUCAUGUGUAUGUAUAUGUCUCUUUGCUUGGGACAGAUAAUAUCUGCAAACCUCCUCACAAAUGUCCUUUGUCGUUGGAUAAUUUUGUUAUUUGUGAAGUUCAACAGCUCCUCUUCUCUUCUUCCAUCAAACAGAAAAAAAACCAUACCGUAUAUUUUACAAAGUACUUUGUCUGUUGUUUGUUAACUGGUUUGUGUUCAGCCAGAGUCAAGCCACUUGUGCCCUGUGACUGUUUUUUUUUUCUAUUUGUGUAUUAAUUAGCUACUUUCAGCAUACAUAUGAAAGGCCUCUGUUGACUAAAUGAUCCUCAGUAUAAGUUUACCCCAUACCAGAGGCCUGCAGUCAUUACAACUUUUGUCUUUUGUCCUAUUAAGAAAACACUGAACAGACAACGUUUAUGUCAUGGCUCAUUCCAUUAUUUCUAUUCUGUAGCUACAGACACUACAUUCCAUCACAUAGGCUUAUACGUAUAACCGGUGUGACGUGUGCCAUGUGCUUUACGCCCCUUUUUGGGGGAAAACAUUGAGGGAUAAGACAACGCAAGUCCCUGGUAAUGUUGGGAAAGAAGAAACGAAAGACAAGGACCUGUAGACUAGCUUUGUUCACGCUGAACAUGCCAAAGACGUAUUGUGUUGUCGGCUGUUCAAAUAAUAUAGCCAAACAUCUGUGGCUGAAGCAUGGACUGUGUUUAUUUAGGCUAGGUGAUGUUGCAUGUAAGUUAAUGAAACAUACGGUUUGUUUUCCCCCAAAAAGGGGCGUAAUGCACAUUCACGAACAAAGUACCCGGAUGGGCGGUUACACGUAUGGACUUUCAACAAAGUUAUUCUAAUAGGGUAAGAGCAGCUCUGCUUUCAUGUAUUCUAGCACAGCAGGAAAUAGUGUGUGUGACAGGGCAAUUAUUUGUUGAUUUGUUGACAGUGCAAAAGUGAUCUUUGAUUUCAAACCCCUUUCUGUUGUGUUGAUAUGUGUUGUUGCUCAUGGUGAAUAGUUCUAGUGGUGACAGGAUACAUUAUUUAAACAUGUCACUUUGGAGAUGGAGGUUACAUUUCAUGGUUAAACUGAUCGUUGUCCACAAGAUCUUUGCUUCCUGAUAUCCUUUUUUGUUUUCAGAUGCUGGUGACAGUGUAGUUGUGUUAUUUAAAUUGAAACGUUCAUUUAUGGUGUUGCAAGGAGGUUAACCAUCAUACAUUCAGUUUCACUACUUGUCGGAGUGAGUUGCAUUAUUAUCAUGCUGUUUAAUCGUGUGCUUUAGGGCGUCUGCUCAUGAGAAAAACUAGUCGUCGAGGCACAUUCUAACGGAACAAGCUUAACUGGUAGUAGUUGCCUGCUUUUGGUGUACGUAUGCCUAAGGAGCAAGCACACCAUACCGUGUAUAUGCAGAUUUAUUGUACAUUUAACUCCAGUGAUGAUUCAGUUUCAGCUUUGACAUUGUACGUAAAGCUGUUUGUAAAAUGAUGGCAGUAUUUUUCCUGAUAUUUUAUCAAUUUACUUUUCCUUUUAUUGAAGUAAGAACAAAAACAUACAAAUCAAACGACGUAUAAAGCUACAGUGCCAUGAGAAAGUUUGGGCACCCUUUUGGAAAAUCAUAUCAGUUUAUUUCUCGCUGAGAUUUUAAAGUAGCAACUUCAUUUUAACACAUGUUAAACUGUAGGGAAAGAGAAACAUUUCAGCAGUGGAAGAAUUUGAAUAGGUGUUACAGAAACAAUUUUAUGUGGAUUUAAACAAAAAUAGGCGUGUGCAUAAAUAUGGGCACCCCAAAGAAGGUGUGAUGAUUUUCCAAAAGGGUGCCCAAACUUUCUCAUGGCAGUGUAUCACAAAUGUUCAUAGACAAUCAUGCUGCAGGCUGUGAGUCAACAGGAUUACAUACAUUUGAUGUUAAAUACAUUUUCCCUUGAGAGAAACCAUAACACUGUGCUUAUUAUCAUCUUUAGUAGCAAGUGCUGAGUCUUGCUUUGUGUGCGUUCCAAUAUGCGACCUUGCGUCCUCCACUUGUGCUUGUGGCCCCAUACCAGGGAGUAAUACGUCAUGAUGACAUCACUGACAACAGCAUUAUAUUUCAAUAUCUCGCAAAAGCUCAAUUGUUAAGUCAUUUUCUCACUUGCAUUUGAGAUGGUGAAUUAAAAAGUUGUUGUGGCUAGGCUGACAGAUGGGAAACUUUAUCGUUUUCUCCACGGAGGAGGUGCCAGGAGGCGGGGUGAGGCCACAAGCACAAGUGGAGAACGCAAGGUCACAUAUUUGAACACACCCCUUGUCUUACUGACGUCCUUGGGAGUGAAAGUUAAGACGGGAUGUUUUUCCACCUGCGUUUCCCCCCGAAAUUCUUUCAACAUGAGAUAUCCUUUUUUUUUUUAUUAACCUGCAGACCCGGUUGUAGAUAGAUCAAGUGAAUGUAAGAUGCUACUGUCAUUACAUAUCAAGGAUGCUGUGUUUCUUUUUUGGUUCUGCUUGUUACCGUCCUGUAAAUUCAUAUACGGUAUGCAUGUGUUCUGACUGAGUUGAUUCAGAUGUAAAGAUGUAUAGAAAAAAAUAUCCAAAUGACAUUUUGGCCACAUUUUAAAUUAUUUUUUAAAUUGAAAACUAACCGAGAGAUGUAUUGUCAAUUAGUCUAUCAUAGGUCUGCAUAGCCAUGCUAUCUCUCAAAGGUCAAAGGUCAAUGUUAGCAUCACUCUCCACUUACGUAUGUCUGCUCCACCCCUACCAAACAUUGUGUGUACUUCACUGCUCAUCAUUUCAAUCAUCCACUGCACACAUACUGUACUUUACCAUCCGACAUACGUGAUUAAUGUGUCAUUAUACAUGUAUGUUACAUUACAUUAUGUAGACGCUUUUAUCCAAAGCGACUUAUAAAGGAGAACAUAAACAGCUACAAAUGUUGUGGAAGAAUAGAGUACGCAAGGCAUAACAAGGUUAGUGUAGGAGACUUUUAUUUUGAUGAGGGGGAAGCACUCUUGUACAUACUGUAUGUAUCCUAAUAUGCACUCUGUAUAUUGUAUCAAGUGGCCAUUGCCUUGGUUUCUGAAGUUACUUACAUACUGUGGUGUGGACCAGGCUCUAGUUGCCUGGAGACACGGUAGAGCACUGCCUCCAUCGUUAUACUUCCAUGUCCUUCAAAACGCAUCAAUGUCUUCUUUUUUCUUCUUCUUCUUUCAAAUCUUUAAUUUGGUCAUAUUAUGAUAUUGAUCAUUUAUUGCUAGAGAUGAAAUACAAAAUCAUAUGUCUUACGUCCAUCAUGACUUUUGUGACAUUGUGAAAUUUUAGGCAAGCGCAACUGAGAAAAGAAAAACUUUUGUGAAACAGUUAAGUCAACAGAAAAUGGGUUAUUAGAAUACGUCGCAUUACAUUAUCCAUGUUCUUUUAUCUCUACAAUCUCAUGUGGAUAUCUUAAUGUGUGGGUGAAACAAACACAAAGAACACCCUUCCCUUUUCUUGAAUUGUUCUCCAUUUUGUUGUGUUUUUGUCGUCCGCAGGCUUUAUGUGGAGCUGGCCACAGUGUAUGUGCGUUUGUGUAUGCUGCCGUCCCCUCAGCCAGCAUGUAGUUUGACUCAGAGACAGUUCUGU